AUGCGUGCUUUCUCUCGCCUUGCGACUACAGGUCGCUUCGUACGGCGCUUGAAUGUUCCAAGAUCUUUUACUCCUACGUUUAUGGCGUCUAUCAAUAGCAGACGAGGACUAGCUAUAGAAGCCUUUGUGUCACGUCACUACCAGAUGCAGGACCCAAGAGAUGUGGCCGAUUUCCUACGUCGAAAGAGCUUGGCUCUACGCGAGACAGACUCACACUUUAUAGUGCGUGACUGUCCGUUCUGUCACGCCACAUACGGGAAGGCUGACAACCUUUUUAAAAUGUACGUCCACAAGACCCAGGGCAUGUACAAGUGUCAUCGCUGUGGCUCUGCUGGCAGUUGGUUUGACUUUAAACGCAAAAUACAAGGCGGCAUGGAUGUCGCCUCAUCAGCUAAUGCGUUGUAUAGUGGUAACAAUGCUGGAGCGCGAUCUAUCGAGGAGGUGAAGGUCAUUCAGGCUCUGGACAAUGAGAAGGCGAUGGCUAUCCAGAAAAACCUGUUGGACGACCCCGAGUUUGAGCCGGUGCUUCAAUACUUGACGGACGUUCGAUGUCUUACGAAGGAAGUACUGCAAAAAUAUUGUGUGGGGGCCAUCGAGCAGCCGUUUUGGGACCAUGAUUUAAAUAAACGCGUUAAUGCCAAGUGUAUCUCCUUCCCGUGGAUGGCGCGGCAGAUGGAUAUGAAUGCAAUGGGUGUUGUGUAUCAGGAAGAGAAGAGGCACGCAACGGAGGAUAAAAAUCUUUAUGACGUUGUACGGCUUAAACUGCGUGCUGUGGACGACAAGGUGAAGCAGCAGCUUGUACCGAAAGGUGGCAGUUGGGGCCUCUUCGGUUGGAACACGGUACCUACAGCUGCGGAUGAGCUAGUGCUUACUGAAGGUGAGUUUGAUGCCAUGGCUGUGCAUCAGGCGACAGGCAUGGCUGCAGUGUCGCUACCGAAUGGCUGCCAGUCGCUGCCACCCAGCGUUCUACCUUUAUUAGAAAGUUUCAAGCGUAUUUAUCUCUGGAUGGAUAAUGAUGCCUCUGGGCAGUCGAAUGUUGAGAAGUUUGCUGCAAAGCUUGGCUUGAGUCGCUGCUACAUUGUCCGUAUUCCUGCGAAGGCAUCGUCAUCUCCAGUCAAAGAUGCAAAUGAUGCUCUUCGGGCUGGUCUAGACCUUACAGCAAUCGUAAAUGCCGCCGAAUGCAUCCCGCACAGUCAGAUCACCACGUUCGAGGAGCUUCGUCGUGAUGUAUAUGAGGAAAUUGUGAAUCCUCUCAAAGCCUGUGGCGUGCAAUCACGGGCAUUUCCUUCACUAAAUAGAUUGAUGAAAGGACACCGUAUGGGCGAAGUGACAGUGCUGACAGGCCCGACAGGGUGCGGCAAAACUACACUAUUGAGUCAACUAUCGCUGGACUUGUGCGGUCAGGGUGUGAGUACACUUUGGGGCUCGUUCGAGAUCAAGAAUACACGUUUGAUGCACAAGAUGCUUAGGCAGCUUGCGCAGCGCAACUUGUCUGGCGACGUGAAUGCGUUCGAAGCUGCAGCUGAUCAGUUUGAAGCUCUCCCCAUGCACUUCUUACGAUUCUUUGGUAGUACUGAUGUGGACGAAGUUUUGGACGCUAUGGAGUACGCUGUGUACGCUUAUGAUGUGCAACAUAUCUUGUUGGAUAACGUGCAGUUCAUGAUGGCGGGUCAAGGUCGCGGCUUUGACAAAUUUGAGCGUCAGGACGCGGCACUGGACAAAUUCCGAAAGUUUGCUUCGGCCAAGAACGUCCAUCUUACGCUUGUAAUUCAUCCGCGCAAAGAGCAGGAGGGUCACGAUCUUACGCUAUCGUCUGUGUUUGGCACGGCUAAAGCCACUCAGGAAGCUGAUAAUGUUCUUAUUUUGCAACGCACCAAUGGCAAAUCCAAGUUAGACAUUCGCAAAAAUCGCUUUGACGGCACACUGGGAUCGAUCCCUCUGAAGUUCGACUUGGAUUCCGCUUCGUUGCGUGAGGUCGGUUGGGAAGGUAUGUCUGAGGGUGUCGCAGCCGUGGACCUCGAAGCUGAGAUGGAGCUUGCUCAAAGGCGGCGCGUGCAAAAGAGUACUCGCGUGCAAGAGCAUCUCUAUCGUGAACCGAUACGCAAUUCCUUUUCGGAUAUGGAACCAGAGGAUAAUCGCCCCAUGCAAGAGUACCAGUAUGUAGCAGCACCAGCCUCAACUCUUCCUGACAGCCACAGCCACACCAAUGGGUUGAAGGGGCUCAAUGGUAGCCAUAGACUGAAGGUCAAUGGCAGUUCAUUGCCAAGGCUCAAUGGUGACGGACAUCACCUUGGUAAUGACAAUAGCGAUCUAAACGGGAGCUCCACCCACUCCCGACCAGGCUCACCCAGCAGCGAUCUAAACGGGAGCUCCACCCACUCCCGACCAGGCUCACCCAGCAGCGAUCUCAACGGCAGUCGGCCACGUGGUGGUGGUAGUGCAGGCGAGCCCUUUGCUGCGUUCACGCCAAUUAUCACGCGGUAG